AAUUUGGUCAGCCAAACGAAGUGAACGGAAUAAUGUUUUUAAUAAUUUGUUAUUCCAAAGAAAGUAAAUCAUAAAAAUGAAUAUCACCCUGACAAGCUUAGAAGCUCUAAUAUUAAAAGCGACUCACGAAGCGCUACCAUGCCCGGACGCGAAUGCUUUGGAGGCGUUCUGCGCCGUGCUGCGGGUGGCUCCGGAGGGCCCGCAGCUGGCGGCGCAGGCCCUGGCGGCGCGCAUCCACUCGUCGAGCGCUAAAGAAGCGAUGCUCGCGCUGACGAUGUUGGACCGCUGCAUGCGCCGCUGCGACGCUCACUUUCACGCUGAAGUUGGAAAGUUUCGGUUUCUCAACGAAAUGAUUAAACUCGUCUCGCCCAAAUACUUUGCUGAUAGAACAGCACCUGAAGUACGGACUAGGGUGCUGCAAUUGCUUCACGCUUGGUCAAUUGAAUACCCUAAGGAAACUAAGUUUAAGGUUGCUUUUGAUAUGCUUAAAAAUCAAGGGGUUGUGAAGGAGACACCACCUCCCUUGCCCCCUGAGGAGCCUGUACCGGCACCUAAAGUCCGUGCUAAGAGUGCUAUAUUUGAAGAUGAAGAGAAGUCUAAGCUGCUUCAAAAGUUACUUCAAAGCAAAAAACCUGAAGAUCUGCAACAUGCCAAUAGACUGAUCAAGACUAUGGUUCGAGAAGAGGAGCGGCGCAGCGAGGCGAACAGCCGGCGCGCCCAAGAGGUCGGGGCCGCGUUGGACAGCGCGGGGCUGCUGCGAGACAUGCUGGAGCACGCGCACGACGCGUCGCGCGACGAGGAGCAGCUCAUCCACGAGCUGCACGCCAGUUGCGCGCGUCUGCGGCCCGUGCUGCAACGCCUGGCCGCCUCCGACGCGCACGGCGAGUACCUGAGUGACAUCUUAAAUGCAAGUGAUGCACUUGAUGAAGUAUUUGCGAAGUACAACUUAUUUGUUAGUGAACGAAAGUCAAAAUCUACCGAGCUUUCUGCAGAACCUACAACCACUGUGGAGACCAAUAGCGAAAGUCUUCUAGACUUCGCGGGCGCGAGUGCCAGGAAAGGAGGUGGUGAUGCUCCAAAGAAUAUGGAUAAAGUGACGCAAAGUAACGUGAUAGAUGAAUUAGGAGAUAUAUUCUCAACUGAAAGUGGCACAAGUCCUAUUGCUGAACCACUGAAGCCUGUUAACCUGAUGCCCAGUGACGAUGUUGAUCUCUUAGGAAAUAAAAAAGAUAAAGCUGAAGGAUGGAACGAAUUGGACUCUCUUAGCAAACAAUUACUCAAACAAUCUUUGCCUGAAAAUGCAAAAAUCCUUGACGGUUUCAAUAGCAAAACAACAAAGAAAAUACCAAUGAAUGCGUUAGAAAAGUCUUCACCUAAACAUGACGUACCAAUCGCUAACAAUGACCCAAUAUUUGAUUUAGAUUUCUUUAUCAAAAAGCCUGAGGAGGAAGCAGUUUGCACACCAGCUCCGACCACUUUACCAGUCAGUCCAAACGAUGACGUCAUGGUGGACAUCAGCACAGACAUUCCUAAUGCUUCAGGAUACAAUAACAAUAACAAUGGUGGGAGUCCCCUGGACGAGAUGCUAGAUAUAGGAUUAGAUAAUGAUGGUAUUCAAAGUAACCAGGUAGAGAAUGUAGGGAAUAAAGAGGAACCUAUCAUUGAGAAGAGGGAUAGUAUUAAGAAUAACAAAGUUAGUGAGGUGAAGCCAUUGACUGACAUAAAUGUGACGCUGCAAAGUGUGCACCCGAGCAACGUGGCUCCGCUGACCGUGUUCGAGGAGGAAGGCGGCCUAUCGGUGGUGCUGCACUUCUGCAGGGACAAGCCGAGGUCCGACGUGUAUGUCAUUGUGAUAUCCACCACGAGCAAAAACACGUCGCCUAUAGAGGACUACAAAAUUCAAGCUGUUGUACCAAAGGGCUGCAAAGUGCGCCUACUCACGCCGUCGGGCGCGGCGCUGCCGGGCCGCAGCCCCUUCCUGCCGCCGCCGGCGCUCACCCAAGUGAUGCUGAUCGGACGCAGUGCGGGCGCGCGCGUGCCUCUCAAGUGCAUGCUCACCUACACCGUGGAAGGCGACGAGCGAUCCGAGAUGGCUGAGGUCGAUGAACUGCCGCUCGACGAUAUUUAAGCCUUGGGCAGAAUCCAGGGCAGUAGCAGCGCAGUUUGAAUGCGGGCCCGCGCAAGUUGUAAUACAAGAAACUCUUUGAAGUACGUCACACCAAAUUUGAACGCGGGCCCGCGCUCCAACCGCGCCGCACUGCAACUGCCGAAAUACAAACGAGGCGGCGCGGGUGCAGAACAGAAGCGGCGCAAACGCGGGCCCGCGCUGUUAUAUUACUAUGGCGGCCAUAUUAGCAUGUCACACCGGACGCAGGGCGGAACGUAGCAGCAACGCGUUGAAAGCGGUUUUCGAAUAUUUAAAUUUUUGACAACCGCCCGCGUUUCAACUGCUUUGAAACUGCGCUGCUUUCAAUGUGCCUCAGCCGCGCUGCAACUGACCCGCGUUUGGUCUGUGGAAGCCUUUAGGUAUCAACGGAAUUACGCUAACUUAAAUGCAAGCAUAGAUUCGGGCCUGCGGGGUUGCUCCGAAAAACGUUAGGCGCUACGAAAGUUAAAAGGAUAGGACGUUUUCAUAUUAGCGCCUCGAUUUUAUUUUGCAAGAAAGCGAGCUUUUCGAACGCAACCACUUCUAUUGUGGUGAAUUAAAACAUUGAAGCGAUAAUUUGAAAAUGUUUCACUGUGCCCUUUUACUACUUACACUUACCCUUUUGGAUGCAAAAGUCAAUCUGAUUCCCCACGGUGCGUCUUUUGACAAAUUAUCAUACAAAAACUCACAUCGCGUAUCCGCGCUGCUGGCCAUACUAAGUUGUGCGCUUUGGCAUUGGCACUUCCCAAAUGGGUAGACUCAAGAUUACUCGUAUUAAUUAAUGUUGUGACGAUGCAUCAUCUUUGCGCUUUCAGAAAUUUAUUGUACUUAAAAUUCUCGUCAUGUUUCUGUUACUGUGGUUCGUCGGAUAAUGUUUUUCAUAAGAGGACCUCAAAUUUUAAAAAAAAUGGCACAUGAAAGUAUUUUGAAAUAUUCCAAAUCAAUCUACAAUACGCAACACCUAUCAACACUAUGUGAUGAGUUUGAGUAGUACAAAACUUUAUAGU